CUUGCUGGGAGCAGUAGCAGCAGGGGGCGGUUUUCUCCUUAAAAUAUGGGGCGAGCGCCUCUGUCAGCAUAGGAUUCUUUCCGAAAUUCAAGUCUAUUUUGUGUCAGCCCAUACUUAUUAAGGGAGCCCUUAAGGCCAUGCGGUGCCUCCUUAUCAGUCAAGACAAGCGACAUAGUCCAGUUCUUCUCCCUGAUGGUGUGACUGUGAUUCUAGGAAGAGGGCCUGAAACACUCGUUACUGAUAAAAAGUGUUCCCGGAAACAAGUGGAGUUGCUGGCAAAUUAUGCCUACCGAUCAGUUCGAGUCACACAGCGAGGAGUGAAUCCCACAUCUGUGGAGGAGAUACACCUGCGCUGCGGGGACAGCACAACCCUCCAGGAGGGAGAGACUCUGUGCUUGGUGAAUGGACUGUACCCAUAUCACAUCCGCUUUGAGCAGGACUCCAGCUCUCCAAGGAAAACUCUGCUGCAGUUCUUCAGCCCCAAGCACGGCCUGAAGAAGGAGGAUGACAGCGGCAGCGCGGCCCGGCCAGCCAAGCAGCCAAAAGUCUCCCCACCUUCUGAGGAUGUGGAUGAAGAUGAACUAUCCGUGGCUGAGAAGCUGAGGCAGCUUCAGGAGAUGGCAGCUCGAGCAGAGCUGGCCCGCCCACUUCCCCCGCACCGUCCCCCCAAGCUGACUCCCCAGCCCACUGAUUCCUGGGAGGAUCAUGGCAAGCUCUUGGUCUUCACAAGGAAAGGAGUGAUGCCCAGCACCAAAAUUGCAGGAUUUGAUCUGGAUGGAACCCUCAUUACAACACGGUCGGGGAAGGUGUUUCCUACAAGUCCUGAUGACUGGAGGAUCCUGUGCCCUGAGGUACCCCGUAAGCUGAAGCAGCUUCAGAGUGAUGGGUACAAGCUUGUGAUCUUCACCAACCAGCUGGGCAUCAGCCGUGGACGCCUCAGGCCUGAGGUUUUCAAAGCCAAAGUGGAAGCAGUGAUUGAGCAGUUUGGCCUCCCGCUGCAGGUCUUUGUGGCGACCAGCUCAGGCAUUUACCGCAAACCUGUCCUUGGCAUGUGGGAUCACCUGUGUGAGAAGGCAAAUGGUGGCUUAGCAGUGUCUUUGCAAGAAAGUGUCUAUGUGGGAGAUGCAGCUGGGCGUCCACCAAACUGGGCCCCUGGACAUAAGAAGAAGGAUUUCUCUUGCAGUGACCGCCUGUUUGCUCUAAAUGUUGGGCUACCCUUCUAUACGCCUGAGGAGUACUUCUUGGGAUGGAAAAAGGCACCAUUUGUGCUCCCCACCUUUGACCCGCGGGCACUGAACCCCAAGGCACGGCUCUAUGAUCCCCCAGAUGCUUGCUUGACCUCUUCCUCCCCAGAGGUGAUUGUGGCUGUUGGCUUUCCUGCUGCUGGCAAGUCAAGGUUUUUGAAGCAACACUUGGCCUCCGUUGGUUACGCCUACGCCAACCGGGACACACUAGGUUCAUGGCAGAAGUGUGUGGCGUUGUGCCAAGUGUCGCUGCAGGCAGGGAAGAGCGUGGCAGUGGACAACACCAAUCCCGAUCCAGAAUCGAGAUGCAGAUAUAUCGAAUGUGCCAAGGAGGCCGGCGUUCCCUGCCGCUGUUUCCUCUUUACUGCCUCACUGGAACAAGCGAAGCACAACAACAGAUUUCGGGAAAUGACAGAAAAGGGACACUUGCCUGUUAAUGAUAUUGUCUUCAACAGUUAUAAGAAUAAGUAUGUGGCACCAUCGCUGGAGGAGGGUUUCUCCGAAAUCCUCAAGAUUCACUUUGUGCCUCAGUUCACAGACUCGCGACUAGCAGCGCUUUACCAGCAAUUUUCAGAGGGGUGAUAGCAAAGUGGCAUCCCCAGCCUAUUAUAUCUCCAUUUCCAUAGAAGGCAUGCUUAUGGAGCGUGUGAGCUCCCCCUGCCGGCCAAAGGGGAAGCUUGCCUAUGGCCUGAGACUGCCCUCAAGCUGCUCAAAAGUGGAACAAACCAGCACUUGAUUUCCUUUCCACAUUUUUAAAAAUAAAGUGAAAUAAAGUUCUGGAAGUCCAAGGGCUGCCCUCUCCUUCCCAAUGAAGUCAUAGGAAGGGUCACAUUUAGGCUUACUGCAGCUUUUCAAGAAGAAUGAACAACAGGUGAGCCCCCAAGCUGUAUUGGCCUACAACUCCCAUCAUUUUAGUUGGUACAGCCAAUGAUCAAGAAUGAUGGGGAUUACAGGCAAAAAUUGCAGGAGGGGAACAAAUUACCUACAUACUUUUUUAAAGAAAAAAGCAGGAGUAGGCAGACAAUGGGCUAAGAUCUGCUGGGGGAUGGACAGAAGGAAAAAACCCCCAACACCUAGUUUUCUCUUCCAAUUGAAGUAACCCUAGGCAGAUUACAACAAAAUCCCAACAAAGCCAAAUUUGCAUACCAAAAGAGGAAGGCCCAUAACAGUUCACUGCAAAUGCAACCACUUGGAUCAGCUUGAAGAAGCCAUCAGGAUGCUAGUAGUAGCCUUAGCGGGAAUGUGCCUCUUUAUUGUAAAGGCAUGGAAAGCAAGUAAGUGAUUAAAACUGCAAGUGUUUUCAUUCUA